AUGGGGGCACUAGAAUCUUUGAGGGAACUUCUUCUUGACUCAACAACUAUAGAAGAGAUCCCUGAAUGGAGAAGGAUGAAAAAACUGGAAAUUCUUAGCUUGGACAAGUGUACAUUACUGACCAAGUUCAGUUUCGUUGGCUGUGCAGCUGUAGCAACGAACCUUUCAUUAGUGGAUAGGCACUUGACUCAAAUGCCUAAGUCGAUUGAAAAUUUCAACUCCCUAAUUCAUUUGAAUCUAUUAAGUACAAAUAUGGGGGAGUUACCUGAUGUAACUAGGAACAUGAAGAAUUUGAAAGUUCUAAAGAUGAGACGCCCCUUGAGAAAGAUAUCUAGUGCCAUUGGAAUGUUGGAGAAGCUCGAAGAGCUAGAGGCAUGGGGCACUUUUAAAGAAAUUCCCGAUAAUAUUGGGAAUCUACGAUUUCUAAAAACUUUGAUAUUGAGUAGCCCCAGAAUUUCGAUGGUGCCUCAACUUCCAGAAAGUCUAAUCAAUCUAUGUUGUAAAACAACCUCGAUGAAGACUUUGCCAAAUUUCUCGAACCUAUUAAAUCUGAGAAAUUUGAGGUUGACUUUGUGGUUUAAUCACGAGGGUCCUUGUCAACUCGAAGGAGCUCCAAGUGCUUGGUGGAUUGGAACACUACAAAUGCUCGAGUUCUUGAAGUUGUCUUCUCCUCACAUCACCAACCUAUCUUCCAAUCUCGUUCUCCUUUCUCAACUGAAGAGACUCAAGCUCCAACGUUGUCAUUUGGAAUGCCUACCUAAGCUUCCGACAAAUUUGUCAUACUUAGGUAUCAAGUCUUGCCGAAGAAUGAAAACAACGAAUGAUCUUUCAAAUUUAAAAGUUUUAUCAUAUUUACUCAUUGUUGCUUGUGAUGAGCUAACAGAGAUUCGAGACAUUGAAGGUUUGGAGAACCUAAGAACAUUAGAGCUUGUGACACUUCCAUCAUUGGUGAAGUUGCCUGAUCUGACUAACUUGAAAAAGCUCAAGAAAAUUCAUUUAAAUGGUUGUUCUAAGCUGUAUGAGAUUCAAGGUGGUCCAGCAUCGUUGGAGAUACUUCACAUCAUCAACUGUUCAAAUCUGCAAAAAUUUCCUGAUCCAUCAAGCUUCAGGAAUCUCAAAGUUUGGGAUCCUGAGACCAAGGAAUCAACAUCAGAUCUUGUUUUUCGAGAAUUCGUUAAUGUCAACACAUGA